AUGAAAAGUCUAAUAUACACCAAUAUCGACAGUAUUAGAUUUCCUACGGAUUCCGUACUAGCAAAUUGCUGGAAAGACAUUAUACAGCGGACACGAAAUGACGACCAGUGGAAACCUCACAAGACUUCAGUUGUGUGUUCCAAACAUUUCUCUGAUGAUGAUUUAUAUUUUACAAAAAAGGGAUUUCGACGGCUAAAAAAUGGAUCGGUACCAAGCAAGUGUCUGUUUUUGUCAGCGACAGAAACAGAAUCCUCAACAAAUAUAAAACAAGGCCCAUCCGCUUCCAAUAAGGCGAUUGAUAUUCAAAAUCAAAUUUUUGAACCUAAACCUUCGUGCUCGAAGGAGCCGGUGAGUUAUGAUGAUGAGCCAACGACAGUUUUACAAGAUUUUUCAGACUUGGAAUCGAUAUUUGAUACUCCACGCAAAGUCAAGUUACGGCGUACAUUACGCCGCAAGAUAAAACUGGAACGCAAACAUAAGGCUGUCAUUAAUUCAUUAAGGAAAAAAAACAUUCGUCUGAAAAAGCAGAAUAUCUCUUUCAAAUGUAAUAUCAAGACUUUGAAAAAACAAAGAUUGAUCAAUGAAGAUGUACAUAACGUCCUAGAAGGAAAUUUAUUUGCCGCUGAUUUAUACUCCCAAAUGUCAAAAAAAUAA